AUGGCUGCUCUUUUCUUGUUACUUUUAUUGAAUUCCAUGCUUUUAAUCUCCAGUCUUCCUCAUUCUUUAGGCAAUCGACUCUCUUAUCAUCAUCAUCAACAAGAACUGCUCUUGCAAUUCAAAGCUGCCCUUUCAAAGAAUGACGCUUCUCUGCCCGACUGGACUACCCUUCACCACUUCUGCAACUGGUCUGCCAUCACCUGUCAUCUCAAUUCUCACUCUGUCCGUGCCAUCAAUUUAACCCAAAUGAGCUUAGACGGCACCAUCUCUCCUGUGCUCGGGAAUCUCUCAUCUCUUCGAUCCCUUGAUCUCUCCAACAAUAACCUCACUGGUACCAUUCCACUUCAGCUCGGCCAACUCCCAAAUCUGUGGAUACUCUUGCUGCACUAUAAUCAAUUACAAGGAACCAUUCCGCCAGCUCUCUCCGCUUGCCGCAAUUUGUAUGACCUGAGACUUUCCUUUAAUCAACUGCAUGGUAUCAUUCCGCCUGAACUGAGUCUUCUCACAAAUUUGAAGUACCUCUACUUGGGCAUUAACAGUCUCACGGGUACCAUUCCGCCCUCUUUCAAAAAUUUGACCGCCUUAGUUGAAUUGGAUUUGGGCCCUAUUCCUCCUGAACUGGGCAUGCUCACUCGCUUACAGAAUUUUAACCUUUUUGAAAAUAACCUAUCAGGGACCAUUCCCAGCUCUUUAACAAAUCUCUCAAAUUUAAUUAUGUUAGGUUUAACUUUAAACCGGCUAAGUGGUCAAAUUCCAUGGGAAAUUGGUAAGCUAUCCAAUUUGCAAUUCCUUAGUUCAUGGGGAAAUCAGCUUAGUGGAAACAUACCACAUUCCCUUGGAAAUUGUUCAAGUCUCGAAGUACUUGUUUUAAAUGACAACCCACUCGGUGGAGAGGUUCCAAUGGAGCUGGGUAAGUUGAACCAUCUUACCCUGCUUUUCUUACACACCAAUCAACUUGUUACUGACACCAGCAACACAUUGGCCUUUCUCACUGCUCUCACAAAUUGCUCCCACUUGCAACAAAUAGAUAUGGGACGAAAUCAUUUCACUGGUACAUUGCCCCCAUCCAUAGGCCAACUGUCUUUCAAUCUCUAUCACUUGGGUUUACAAUUCAACAUGAUUAGCGGAAGCAUACCACAACAGAUUGUCAAUCUGACAAACCUGACCUACCUAGGUUUACACAAUCUGUUAAGCGGUCAUAUUCCUUCUGGAAUCAAAAGAUUUCGUGUCUUGGAAAUAUUGAUGUUGGGUGGGAACAAAUUAGAAGGAAACAUUCCAGGUGAGAUAGGUCAAAUGCAACAUCUUGGACUUUUAAAUCUUAGUUACAACCAGUUAUCUGGAAAAAUACCAGAUUCUCUUUGCCACUCCCAGCAGCUAAGAAGACUUUUCCUUCACCACAAGAAGUUAUCAGAGAAGGUCCCUGUUAGUUUGGAGGGAUGUCAGAAGUUGGAACUCCUUGACUUAUCUCACAAUAAACUAGGGGGAUUGAUACCUCGUGAAGUCAUUGCCAGCCUCAAAAACCUGCAAUUGUACCUCAAUCUUUCAUGGAAUUAUCUUGAAGGGUCGUUGUCACUGGAGAUGAGUAAAAUCGUAAUGGCUCAAGCCAUAGAUAUUUCUGGAAAUCAGCUUACUGGGGUAAUUCCAAAUUCAUUAGGAGACUGCACAGCAUUAGAGCAUCUAAAUCUGUCCCACAAUGCUUUUGUAGGUCCAAUACCAGAUUCACUCUCCAAAUUGAAAAAUAUCCAAUAA